AUGGAUGAAGAAGACGAACGUUCUCCGAGCGUGUUUUAUUAUCCUGAAGAUCUGGAAACUUUUGAUGCAAAAACUGAAACAGGCAUCAUCGAAAGCCGAGAGGCUAUAGACGAUUUUGUCACUCAACAGAAAAGUGCAAACACAAACAAGAAGACGGCUACUGAUGUGAACACUGUACUUCGCUACAUGGAAGCUAAUUGUAUGAAAAAUGAGAAAAUUGAAAGCUUACCUGCGUCCUAGCUUGACCACCUUUUGUCGAAAUUUUUUUUCGGAACGCACGCAAGAAAAACAGAGAAGAAUACGAGCCAGUAACAGUUUCCAGUUUUCAGCACAGUAUACAUCGAUACUUAAGUGAGAAGAAAUAUCUAUUUGACAUACUCAACGACAAUGAGUUCGAAAAAUCUAGAAAGUCUUUGCAGCGAAGCGAAAGUCACUUGUUCACGAGCACGGGAAAGGAAACAAACCGCAAGCUGCUCAGGCCAUCGCGGAAGACGAAGAGGAUGCCCUUUUUGAAACAGGAGAAUCCGGCAACUCCAAUCCAGUUGCGCUUCUAAGAACUGUGUGGCAUAAUCGACGCUCAAAUAAAGAAGUUUGGUAGAUGAAGGCACCCCUCGGAAAAAAUAAAAUAGGAAAGAGAAGGAAAAAAAAGUAACCAAUCAUUCUGUCAGGAAAACCUGUAUUUCAAGGCUCCUUGAUGCUGAUGUUCCAGAAAACUUUGUAACCCAACUGAGUGGCCACAAAAGCACGGAGAGUUUACAGUCCUACAAGUCCGCCAGUGCUAAAUACCAAAAGAGGAUGUCCUUGACGCUCAGCAGAGCUGAUCUUUCUAGAUCCAGCGAUCAAACUUUAUCAAGUGUCCAUAAUCAAGGGGUCGAAUUAGUAACUUGCUCGACUACAGACGUCGCUGCUCGUACGACCACAAAUUCAUUGAUUGAUCAGUAAAGCGAUCCGUUACUGUCUUUCACCGCUCCAGUUUUUACAGGUGCAAACAUAGGAUCCAUCAGGGGGCGCAAAUUCCAAAUAUUUCAUGGUAAUGUGAAAGACUUUCACUUGACACUGACUUGAUCCAUAUCAUCAAAAAAAUAUUGUUCGAUCGACAAAACAUCCUUUCUCGAAUUUUAGAAUCAACAAUUGCUUUUGUCAGAUUCCGUUAAAAGCGUUUUUGAAGUUUUGUUGAAGCUAAUUUUAGACGCGUUCAAAAUUUGUUUCUCGAACUCGUGGUAGCUUGCUUUUGUCCGAGUUGUUCGCGUCAUCAAGAAUACGUCACGGCGGAAGCCCUUUAAGUGCAAGCCACCUGAAGUGCAUUUUACUAUCAGCAAUAACCGAGUGCCAUAUAAUAAACAACUUACUGACCGAGUGCGAGGGCCGCACUGGGGAAUAUUGGCCCUCGGUCGUGGCACUACGGACCGAGCGCAGCGAGGUCCGUACGGCCUCUUUCGAGGGUCAAUAUUCCCCGGUACGGCCCUCGCACUUGGUUAGUAAGCGGUUAUUAUUUUUUUCCAAGAAUGCGAGCGGGCGGAAUCCUCCAAAUCCUGAGAGUGUGUGGUAUUUUAUGAUCUUGCCCGCCAACCCGGGCGGAAUAGUUGGCAGCUUCAUUCACAAGUUUGUUUGUUGUUUGUGAAUGAGCAAAAACCGUGAUUUUUAAACCAGUUUUCGUUUAAAACGUGCGCUAUUAUUACCAUUAGCGAGGGAAAAGUGAUUUUUAUUGUACAGACAAAAAAUCUGAAGAGAGAGCAUGUCAGUCAGGAAAACCGCUAAAGUAAAGCAAAACAGGCGGCUCGUGAUGUCGCUUCACUAGCUUUAUAACCGCGGUGUAAGUACUGCAAUCUUGCUUUUAUGCACCGUUUGUUCGACAUUUUUGCUCUGUUUGUAGUUUUCUUUUCCGUUUUUGCUGUCCGAAUCUAUAUUCUACCGUUUUUCAUUGAAUUUUGCCUCCCUAGUUUUCUACGUAACAGAAAAGGUUGUUUUCAAUGAUUGCAUUUAGCUAUUAAUUUUAAAUAAACAAGAGUAUGUCCGCGACUUAAAUUUAUUAUCAUGAAUAUCUUACCAGAAUCAAAUCGUAACGUGCUGAAAUACCCCAUGAAGAUAGCUUUUAUGAUCCUCUCGACAAUCGUGAAGCUGCAAGUUCCAAACUCAAGUAUUUUGCUUGUAAUUCGAAAAAAGGCGACCGUACUCGAUGGUCCUGGGUCCGUAAUUGUGGUCCUUGGUCCGCGAAUGAGGUAAGCAGCACACACACACACACAAAAACUAACAAACAAACAAAAAAACAAAACAAAACAAAACGUGAGAAUGCGAUAGUUUCCACACGAAAACGUAAUUUUCACAAUAUUUCAAUGUAUUUUUUCUAUUCUCGAUGCAUUAAAGCUAUAGUUUUUUCGGAAGUUGUUGUGAGUAUAAAAUAAUCUGCUUUUCUUUCAAAGACUUCAGACCAGAAUUUGUAAACAUGAAUAGAGACGAUUUUUAAAACAUUCUUCGAAAACACCGAAAAUUCCCGCCGCGAGCGUGCUUCCAACGGCAGAAAAAGGUUUAUCUGAAAACCUGUUCUCCAAAAAGGCACGUCUUCCCGUUGCGUUUUAUUUAUUCACGAGCUAAGUAAACAUGGCAAUGCAAUUGCCGUAAAAGUCCAAACUUCAAGAAAGACAAAUUAACGUACCUGUCAACAAACUUUGAUUUCACGCCUUCACCUCCACCAGGAAACCGAAACUUGAUCGUCAUAUGAAAGAAUAAUAAUUAGUAAAUAAUCGCACCUUUCACUUUUCUCCGUAUUUUAUUUCUCGAAGAAAUAUUUAAUCAUGUUUCGAAAGUCACGAACCAAGGACCUCGCGGACAAAGGACCACACACUGCACGAUUUUUUUUUCUUUUUUUUUUUUCCAGCAGUCGGUUUAUAUCGCCGUUUUCAGUUUCUUUAAUUGUUUAUGUACAGUCUUUGUACAGUUUUCAUCACACUCAAUUGAACUAAUCUUAAAGUAACUCAGCCGAAGAAAAUUCUUGCUGUAUUUUUUUUUCCUGUGGCUUCAAGCUCCUUGUUUGACACUCACAUUAUACACUUAAUGUCAGAUCCCGAGGGAAACAGUUAGUUUUGUUUUCCCAAGAGUCCUGAUGUUUCCCGAGACGAAGUCGAGGGAAACAUCAGGACUCGAGGGAAAACAAAACUAACUGCAUGGUUUCCAUCGGGAUCUGACAUUAAGUGUUUUGUUAUAUUUGUAGACUUUCACUCCAACGUACUUCAACAGCAACAAAAAAAUACGCUUAAGAGGGGCGAAUCAAACAGUACGACUUGGUGCUUAUAAGAACACAAAUUUAAUUCUCAAAACCACUGAAUGAAUGGUUAAAAAAGUACUUUCCUUACAUUAUCUGCAUGUUUUUCCUCCAGUAGCUGCUGUUUCUCUUCUGGGAUAACUUUGAAAAUCGUUGCUUUUUAGCUUGAGGCUUCAUGUUUGUGUUAUUGUGAAUGUUGUUGUGUUCAUUCACGAAAAAGAAAUCUUGCAGUGUUUUCCCGCCUUCUGUCACGCCACUUUCCACCAUGCUUUGAUCACGUGCUGUAAUGUAUCCCGAGCGGGGUACAUUGCUUGAUGUAUCACGAUCGAGAUACAUUUGGUUUUAGUCAAGGCCACGUGACCAAGAAUCACUGUCCCUGUUCAGUUGAGUGAAAGUCUAGGAAUAUAACAAUAUGAAUUGUCUACCAAGACACAAACUUCUUUAUUUUUAAAGAGAGCUUAAUAGUGAUAAUAUGAAUUACCGAGGUAAAAAUCAUGUUGCAAUGUUUUGUUUUGGUUUGCAAUGGAUCGCGCGCUUCAUCAACACGAACGGGUCUCACUUCAACACUCAGGUCGGUCCAUUUUGGGAGAAACUUUGCCCUCGGUUUAAGUGCUGCCCUCGGCCUACGGCCUUGGGCGGUACUCAAGACCUCACGAACAGUUUCUCGCAAUACGGACCUCCUAGCCAGUGAAUAACAUAUAUAUUUUCUAUACCUUAAUCGAGAUAUUCUACAUCUCACUUAGUUCCCAGCCGUGCACCAACGAACAUUACAGUUGAAAACUACGGAUUGAAUGAGUUCUUGGUCAAAUGGAAUCCCCUUCCAAUUCAGGAAGCCAAUGGUCGCAUAUUAGGAUACAACGUCUACUACAAAACUUUCAAACAGCUGUACUACUCCUUUCCGGACAACAUUUCAAGAAUCAACAACACAAAUAUGCCACGAGUAAUUUUGCAGAAUAUUCGAACUGGAGUAACUUACAUAAUUUCCGUGGCUGCUUUCACUUCUGUUGGAACCGGACCAAGGUCAUACCCUGUCUAUAAGGAAAAAGGUAAAUAUAUCAAGCCUAAAGCAAAGAUCUCGCGCGCAGCGGAGAAGAAUGGGUAAGGAAAUUUGGUUAUUUUUUAUAUGCAUCCAAUAAAUUUUUGUUUGUAACAAAAUCGUCCGUAGGUACGUAUGUUUGCUUUCUGCUUAUGGCAAAAGCUGAAUUAUUUGAGAAACUUAACUCGAGUGCUUUAAUAGGGUUGGUGGAUUUUCCGAUGGGGGUCAUUGCAUUCUGUUCUUAAUUUACUCAAAAAGCAAGUGAAUUUUUUGGGGGGAGUGCAAAAUUGAAAUGAUGUGGAAAAAUUGUUAAAUUCCAGGUUAAUUCAUGUGGACUGAAAGCUGGUUUUGUAUUUCAAACAAUGAUUUUUUUCUUUGAUUAUUACAACGAUUCAAUAAUUGAAAUUAACUAUUGGUGCAAAUAAUUUAUUAAUUGAUUAUUCAAGUAAUUAAUUAAUAAUGAAUUUAUCAUUUAUCCUGCAUGUCAACUGUUUUUUUGGCAAGUUAAAAUGUCUCAAAGGUUAUUACCUACAAGCUUUUAGUGACACAAACUUCUUUGCACCCUGUAUGCACUUUGGUUAAACUGUAAAGAUCAAGAUAAAAGGCGUUGUAGUCUAGGAGCAAUCUUGUGGUAUUUUCGUGGGAUUCAAUGAUCGUUAAGUCAGAAAACAAGUGGGAAACCCACAAUGUGAAAUGGACCAAAUGCAAAUCAGAUUAGUAUAAGAUUCUUUUGCCGUUUAGUGCACUUAUAUGAAUUUUUCAAGUAAACAGAGGAGAAUGUACUAAAGUGUGUUCUGUGUUCUGUGUGUGUGGGUGUGUUGCACGUAAGUAUAUGUCUUAGCUUUGUUUUAUCUUCCUUUUUGUAUUUGUUUUUUUCUGUGUGAAAAACAUUGUAUUAGUCAAACCUAUUUUUAAAACAAAAUAAUAAUAAUAAUAAUAAAUUAUUCAAAUACAAAAAAAUAUAUAUAUAUAUAUAGAUACUUAAAAGCAAUCCGCGUAUCACUAUAUGGCCCGUGGAUUCGUUCACGCAAGUCAAAUUGGGUGAACACGUGGCAAAAAUUAUUUAACACAAAUCUCACAUCAGAGCGCUCAAGCAGAUCUCAAAAUGUAUAAAACGUCUAUGAAAUGUUUACAAAUUCGCAAAUUCCUCUUAAAACGUAAUUUUCUAGUCUAGAAAGAACACAAUGUACCGGAAAAUUAUUCAAAAAACUUCAUUGCUUGGCUGUGUUUCAGAACAGGCCAAGUGUCCAAUCCGUCAACCGUGAAGAAAAUUUAGAAUUCCUCGAAGGAAAAUUUUGUAAAGACAUGCCUUCCCUUUUUCACUGAACUAAGCAUUCUCUUGAGCUUUCCCGUCACAUCAGUACCUUUUAGCGGUGUAUUUUAAACCUUGAAAAGGGAAACUUUGGCCUCGUAAACCACCGCAUAAGAUGUCUCACUGUUGAGGAUUUUUAUCUAGGCCUCAAUUCUCCGCUCGGACGACGUGACCCGAAAAAAAUUGGCCGCGCUGAUUAAUGAGGCCUAGGGACAAGGAAAGGUGUUGCAGUGGUUCAAUCUUAAUAAAAGAUUCAGACAUUAUUAUAUAUAUCAUGAAGAUUCUUUGACGAGGUUUAGAGAUAUAUAGAAAAGCGGUAGAGCUAGAGGUCAAAUUUAGAAUAAAGUUGCACUUAGACAGGAGGUGAGAAAACACGUUGGUUUUACGGAUCACAAGAAAGAAAAUACACUAAAAUUUCCGAGAAGCAAAAUAUGAUAUUAAGCAGUAUUCUGAUGCGAGUUAAGAGUAACGCGAGUUAUUUAGAUUUCUUUUUCGUUAUACAAUUUAUCACGGCUAUUGGAAAUAUAAGGCUAAAAAAUAUAUAUCACGUUUUAUCUGAAUUCAAACAUACAGAAAUUUUUACCUCUUACGGAGGUUAUUUGGCAAAACACGACACUUAAAGUUCCUGGCCGGUGUCACCUUUUCAGUAGAAGGCCUUAUCUCGCAAAGUUCAUCUUUUAUCGAUUUCAAAGUUUUUUGUUUAUUGUUGCCAUAGUGAUAUCGAUUUUACUUAAGGCUACAUUUUAAUAAACUUCAAACCAAAGUCAGUUAGUGGCGAAAGUUUCUUAGCGAUUAAUCGAGGAUAAAUUCACUUCUGAGGCGAUUGAAAAAUUUCAGUAUGGUCCUCAAAAAAACUGCAUCGAAACACCUUGAUAAAGCAGAAUAAAAGAAAUAUCGUUUUCUAAUAUGCAGUGACAGUCAAUGUAAUUGUCGUUCAUUAUUUUUUUUUAUGAUUAUUAUUGCUUUAAGGUUGUACAGCCUCUGUGAACCAGUCGUUUGGAUGGUUAAACUUCACCACUUCCAACACCAACUGCAGUGUUCAAAUAAAUAAUGCUGGUGCAAUUCACGGGGUCGUCCUAAUCUCAUUCAAGUACAUUUAUUGCAGGUAAUGUUGUAUUGUUCUUUGUAGAUCAGAAAUCAGAAAGGCAAAGUAAAAAAAGGAAAUAAGUCAAAGUAAAUCGCUAAAAUGAAGAUGGGUUACAGCAACUAUUUUUUUUAUUGUUAAAGAAAAUAUCCGAAAAAAAACGAAAGGGUUUAAACUAGACAUGCUACGAUCGUCCAUUUUGUGGUAGUUAAGUGGUGUGGGUAUUGUUCUUGCAUUACGUUAUUUGGCGAUUGCACUCAUCUGCAACACCAAGAAACUACUAUGUUUAGGAUUCUUCUUUUUCUUUAAUUUAAAUUUCCACACGCUUUUGUGUAUGAUUUCAUGGACAGUUUUCCAAGUAAUUAUUAGUUGCGUUUACAGAGCAUUUGAGUUGCCUAUUUUUUUUAUUCUCUGCAGCAAGUUCAUCAAGAUUUAUGACAAUACUGGCAAUGAGGUUUUCGGUCGAAGAGGAGGUUGUCAUUCACGUUCUAGCGGACAGUCGGUUGAAGUUCCAUUUGGUGGCAGUGAUAGCAUAACUUUGGUGGUCUCUCUUUCACCCUGGUCAUGGGAUGGCUACGCACGAAUUCAAUACACAGUGUUAGACAAAGCAUUCGGCUCAGGUAAUAAGACCCUAUGACAAGUUUGCUUGAAAGCUGAGGAAAGGUUGCAUCCACUCCCUCAGCUAUCGUGACGCAGUUAGAGUAGGAAGUAUAUCGUAAACGUUUUACUAUAUGUUUAGAGGAAGUGAUAAAUUACUUUAAAUAUAUAAACGUUGCCAAUUCUCCUCACUUGCAGCCAAUGGCUGAAUUGCGAGGGAACCAGGGAGGUGAGAUCGGACGUCAGCACGUAAAGGCGCACUCUUGCAGCCACUUCAGUCCGUGUUUUGAUCACACCUCGCCCACCCAGACCGAUGACGUCACAAGUCAGAUUGACCAUGACAUCGGGGCCUACGUCCCCUACUCUUUUCGAACAAUGUCACGGGUUCUUUUACGUCCCCUUACAACUGAAGUACAAUGAUAAAGGAGACAAGGCCAACGGCUUAACGUCAACGCCCAAUAACGCGAUCAUCUGAACUGAUAAAGGAGUUUCACAGCUAGCAUGAUCUCAUCAGUUUUUUUAAAGACCUAGGUUGAUGGUCCGACCGGGGUUUGAACUCACGACCUCCCGCUCAGCAGAUCGGCGCUCUUUCGGGCGGCGGUACAAAAUAAGUGGUUUACAGAUUCACCCUUGAACCUACUUGCACAUCACCUGUUUUACGGUAUCAAGACUUGCGAAUCCCUAGAUUUCAAUUCCUCCCUAAAAGAGGGAGACAUUGGAGGAUACCCAAUACCUCAAUACUGCAAGAAAAAUUGGCAAAUACCGAAAUACCGUGUCGAAAAUCGACGAAACUGUAGACUGUAGACCGCGGAACCUGCGAAACCGGCAAAGCCAACGGAACCUAAAGAAUUGACUGCUUUAUUACAACUACCUUUAGUUAACGUGAUAAGUAAUCAGUUACAAUCAAUUGUAACAUUGAUAGACUGUUCACAGUCCGUUUUUUUUCCCGUAAGAUCGUUAAGAUCGAGGGCUCACCUUCACUGGCAGCCAUUUCACUGUUACGCAACAAACGUAACGUUUUGGUCUACCAAUAUGGCCGCCGGAAAACAGCAGAAACAUCUGGAGUUCACGUUUUCUAUAAAAGCUCUUUCUUUUCACUCGAGAACUAGCAUACGGGCACAUAAACAUAUCUUCUAAUACUUGAAAUGGUUAUACUGCUGUAAAUCAAGAGGAGAGACUUUUUUGAACGAGGCAGCAUUCCCGUUGUGGUGUCUUGCACUAUGAAAACUUGGAAUUUCAAAUUGCUUUAUUUUCGCAAUGAAACAUGCUACGAGACUGAAAACUUGUACAAAGAUUUAUUUUUUGUUUAUCUUCAAUCUAGUUUAAAUAAGAAUUCGUAAAACCUCGCUAUUUUGACUUAACAAUUUGAUGACGUCACUGUGAAAACCAUAUAUUGGACUCACAUAUAAGGAGAGAGCGACCUUCGGGGUUCCCAAACCGUCCCCCGCGCUUUAACUACAGUACAAGCUAGACUCGGUCAAGGUGGCCGCCUGUAGCCUCUUUCUCGACGAUCUUGCGGAAAAAUAGAGGACUUUGAACAGUGUAUAUCACCAUAACAUUAAUCGAGAGCUCUCUUUCCGAACGGGAAGUCCACGUUAGCGAAUUUCCGGCGUAAGCUUGUUAGUACGUAGGAAGGUAACGAGAGGUAUAUAUUUAAACAAAGUAGCACAAAGUUGGGAGGAUGAGAGAAUGUAAAUGUGCUUGUGAAAAUUGAUAAUAUUGAGCGAAUCGCUGGGUGCUAUCCGACAACUAAAGGGAUACGUCUGGGUGAGUCGCUUGUGUGAGUGUGUGUGAUAGUAUAAACACGCCGCAUGGCUCCUGGUUGAGGAGACUGAGAUUGUGCGUCUCGUUGAAGAAACAUAUGCGUCGUAUUCUCAGGGCAAGGCUGAAUGGAAAAGCUCGUAUAUUUUGUAAGGGGUGAGAUGAUGAGCGUAAAAGGUAUUGAUGUUCGGCUGUAAGUUUAGUAUAAAGAACAAUUUCAAUGAUCGAUACCAUCAUUGAGAGACAUCUUGACGUAGAGGGAGGAGGAAGAUUUGGAUGAGCAGUUUGAUGUAAAUUUAAUAGUGGGAUAAAGGGUAUUCAGGUAAGAGAUGGAAUAAUGCUUUUAUAGUGAGAAUGAAUUUGACGGGGUCGCAAAGAUUCUGUGUAAAGCGGUCACUUCUGUUUCGGAACCAGAGCUCUCGAUCAGUGAUACUAAACCGAAAUCGACAACAGUUUUCAGUGAUCUGUACUGUCAUCGAAAAUAGCUCUUGACCAAUAAGCGGGUGAGAAAUCGCUCAGUUAUAGUAAAAACUUAAUAGCAACGUAUUAUUUUAUCACGUUAGCCAAAGGCAGUUGUAAUAAAACAUUCAUUUCUUUAGGUUCCGUAGGUUCCGCCGGUUCCGUAGAUUAGUCUUACCGUCGAGAAAACUUGAGAAGACCUUGAAUUGAUAUAUACAACGAUUAAAAAGCCCGGUCGUUGGAUGCCCUACCAAUUUCGUCAUUGCUUAAGCGUCAGAAAUUGGGUAAUCAUUUACCAUUAAGCUUUAAGUCGAAAAAAUAUUGAUCUUUAAUUAUUAGAGAGGAGAGCGCAAAUAAACAGUGCUGCAAUACCGCAGAGUACGGUGAAAUAUCUUCCUUUACCGAAUGCCCUUAGCCAAAAGGACGAAAACAGCAAGCCGCCAAUCGCAGAUCUAGAUGAUACCGCAAUACCCCGCAUUAAAAUAAAAAUUAUUGCUCAAUACUGCAAUACCGUAGACUCCCAUGUCCCUCUCUAAAAAUAGAACAUUCCUUGUUUCUCUCAUGUUUUAUGCUUAAAAAGGUUUUAGCUUUUUGUCAUAAUGGCGAUGAUUAUAAUUAUGUUUAUGAUGAUGAUGAUGAUAAUGGUGUUUAUAUUUAAUUAAUCAUCAUUAUCAUCAUCAUCAUCAUCGUUAUUAUUAUUGUUAUUAUUCGUCCACAGCGAAAGUGGUGCCUUCAUGGAAUGUUACCAUCACCUACAAGACAUCAUCGUCAUUGACAUUACAAUGGACAAACUUCCCUAGUAGUGUUCCAAUCGAACGUUUUUUGGUGAAGUAUAAAGACAAAACUUCAAACAUCAGCUUGAUCUACCGCGUCUCUAAAUGGAAUAACUUACAUUACACCGGAAAUAUACUUAGAGGGUACUCGCUUUACGAGGUUAAUGUCUUUGCUGUGGCGAAUACUUCUGGGAAUGGAACACUGUAUCAAUCCAGUGAAGUGAUAACUGCCAGAACUAGCGAAGGAGGUAAAUAAAUCAAAACAUAAAAACAAAACAAAAACAAAAAACAAAAAAAACAAGCAAAAAUGAACAACAAAAAAAUGUCAACCAAGUGGAUGAAAAACAAGCAAACAUAAACAAACAAACAAAACAAUCCUACCAAUCAGCGCUGUGUUUAACGGUCUGGGGAGUUGUUCGAGCAACACGGGAAGGUAAGGAGAGUUUGCGUCUUACAUCGUUGUCUUUGUUUCUUUACUCUUCUUCAUUCUCUUACUUCCUUCCCUUAUCAACUCCAAACUCUCAUAAUCUUCUCUUCUCCUCAUUUUAACGAGUCAAAUACUAAGGGUUUUUGUAGCCAAAGUUGGACGUGUUUGGGUUAGCUGACCGUGGGAAUAAAACAAGGUGUUACAUGAUAUUACUGAACCUACAUGGUUGCGAUCGGCAAGGAGCUGCAAACCAUAGCAAAACUGACCUUAAGAACAGGAGCAAAAGCAACAAAACGUUUGGUGAGCACAGUCGACAGUUUCUAGGCAAUUUCACGUUGUGGUCACUCAAAUGAACUUAAAAAAAAUAUAUGCAAAAAAAAAAAAAAAAGUGUGCUGCACGUACCGUGCACGUUUGUUUGUUUCUUUGUUUGCUUUUUCGUUAAUAGACCUAUUGAUUUAUUUUGACGUUCUCGUUGCCGUUGCCGUUUGGCAUUACACGUUUGGCCUUUUUUUUUUUUAAGUAAAUUAUAAGUAUAUUAAUGAGAGUUUCGCUUUUAGCCCUGGCUAACUCAGUGUAUUAUUUAGUUAGCUAGAUGUAUAACUUUCAUUGUGAUAUAGAACUUAGACAUGACGUGGACGCUAGACACCCCUGGUAACCAUCUUAAUGUAAUUUUUUUCCUUUUAUAUCUCCUUUUUUGUGUACCUUCUCACAAAUACCGCCAUUUGUUAAUGUUUUAAUUUUCUGAGUGCCCAGCGUUGCACCUUCGGGCUUACGAGUUUCUACGCUGCAGUUCACUGAAUUAAAGGUGCAAUGGAAUCCAAUACCUCAGCAGAGCGUAAAUGGCCGACUAUUGGGAUAUGUAGUCGAGUACCAAGAGUACCCCUAUCGUUGGUAUAACACGAGACGACGAGUCAACGCUAGUGGCCCAGACGUCCAUAUGCUGGUGUUGAGUGGCUUGAAAGCAGCACACUCCUACAGAGUGUGGGUGGAGGGGUUCACACGCUUGGGAACUGGACCUAAGUCAUCUCCAUAUCACGUCACAACUGGUAAAUUGACCAAAUCGACGUGACCUUCGUGACGUCAGAAAGUUUAAAACUGAAUUAGUACCACAAGCCGCAGUCGAUUAGUUCCAUAGCCUGCAAAAACACGUCUCCUAUUUCCUUUGUCGUUUCAUUGAAGAACUUUGAACAUUCUGACAUUGGCUGAUUUUACAAUAACAUUGACUGUUUUAAACUUGCAUUCAGUAAACCGCGUUCAAGAAACAGAGAAAAACAGUCGAGCCAGCUUAGCCCGUCAGAAGCAUAACGUUUGAGUCAAGCCCUAUAGAUUAUAGCUCUCGAAAAAUCAGCGCGCAAGAAAUCUUUAUACACUAUAUACUACCUGACUGCUAGCCUCUUUACGGAAAAAUACAACAUUAAGGUGUAGCAUUACUAUUGUUUCUGAAGAAUAGGCUAUAAUUAACAAUAAUCCCCUUUCAUUUACUACUAAUGUAAACUGGUUCUUGCACAGGGUUAGCAAAAUGGCAGUGUGUUUGGAAUUAUUUAAGCAGACUGAAAAGAAUGAACUAACUUGAACGUACUUAAUUGAACAACUGAAUUGUUUUGAUUUAUUACCGUCAAUUAGGUUGCGGAGGAUACACAAAUAGGUCUUUUGGCGAAAUAGAGAUUGGUUCCAACAGAGGCUCGAGCUAUGUAACAUGUACCUUUGUGACUGGUAGAGGGGACAUAAAAAGGGCAGUUGCGCUUAUCUGGAUACAAGAUCUGUAUUUGUUUUAUUACAGGUACUGAGUUUGAAGUGAAAUUAUUACCUCUGAUUACAGUAGAACCUCGCUUUACGGACACCCGCUUAAUACGACACCUCGUUAUCACGAACAGUUUUCCUUGUCCGUAGUCCUUGUAUUUUCUCCAAAUUCAACCCGCCUAAUAUGGACACCCCGCCGACUGGAACACUUUCCCCCCCCCCGGCUAGUGUCCAUACUAACGGGGUCUUACUGUACUUGACACGAUUCCCAAAGAUUUGCUUGACUGUACAGUAUAUGUUUAAGGGAUCACAGAUCAUGUGAUAUUGCAAUAGACCUCUUUAGCUUGUCUGUUUUGUAGGUAAUGCAGGUCAGGUGAUAAUACUCCUAAGAACUGUUUCUUUCAAAUUUCGUCUGAUCCACGUGCAUAUGAACGCAUACCGUUACAUUUUCUAACAUUAAGAAAAUGGUAACAAUUCUCCACAGAGAAAUAGAGCAUAAAGUUGAAAAAGUUUAGCAUAAAAUAAAACAGGGGGGGGGAUGUAGAGAGAGGGGGGUAAGGGUCCAGAGGAGAGUUUGUCGGAACGCAAAACCAAAAGACUGAAAAAAGGGCUUGAUCAAGUUACGGCAUUCUAUAGACCGCAAACCAAGAGACGGAGGGCUCGCAAGAUCGGCUUACAGUAUAAAACACUGCGUGCCUCGGUCGCCCUUCGGGCGACCGCCUUCGGUCAUCCUUCGGGCGACGUUCCGUGCGCCAGCGAGGAUAUGGCUUGCGGUUAUUGAUUUUCAAAAUGGCGAACAACAAAGUCGAUCUGGUCAGAUAAGAAGCGAAGAAAUCGUUUACAGGAGAUUCAUUAAGAUCCCAUUGGGCUAAUUAAUCGUGCUAAGCGACAGGUAUAGACAUUUUUCAAGGUGAGGCUUUAAAUAAGUAAUUCAUUUAUUCACACGAAACUCCUCUGGACCCUGUGAUUAGAGAGAUGGGUGGUGGGCGGGGGGGGGGGGGGGGACACUUAAUAGAGGAUUUACGAUAAUUUAUAAAAAGACAAAAGGGCCAAGUUCUCUUGGGACCUGUAUUGGGAAAACAAAAACAUUCAAGUUUAAGAAAUCUAUUAUGAAGGCUCGCAUAAAUGACGCAUGUUGUUCAAGUGUGGAAAACUCUACUUUUGGCUAUCUCUACUACAACCCGUUAUCGACCGUUAUCCCAUAUCCCACCUGUUCUUAGUGUCUGAAAUAUUUCAGUUUGACGUGUCCCGCUAUUGCCCUGAAAGUACAUGUAUCUAUCGUCUAGUGAAAUAGAGAGAGUUGUUCCAUUGACGGAAAGUGUCCAAAUUUUUCCCUGCGACUUUGCUUGCGAACGCGAGGAGAGGCUUGGUACACUGUAGAAGCGAAUUCCUUUUUAAUUUCUUUAUUAUUAUUAUUAUUAUUAUUAUUAUGACAUUUUUAUUUUUAUUUUUAGUGAAUAUGUCAAAAUAACUGACGGAAAUGGAUCACUGGUUUGGCAGUACGGAUAUCCUUAUUCGCCUGUUCUCCCAUAUUUAGUUAGGGCUGGGUUUGGAAAUGCUGAUAACAUAACUGUUCAGAUCUAUUUAGGAAACAGCAACAGUCGCUUCAAGCUUCAAUACGGAAUUAUGAAGCAAGGUCUUUUCUCAGGUUAGAAUCCUUGCAUAGUGCCUAUUAAACUACUCAUUUAGUUUGAUGAAGCUCACGAAUAUAUUUUUAAUUUCAUACAUUAGAAUUCUAGAUAGGCAGCUAAACCUAGCUGAGAUGUUUCCUGGUGUUGGCUCGCUUUUAUGUUGUUGUGUGGGUAUUGUUUAGUGUCUUUUAUAUUUUUUCAAUACGUCAUUUGGUGAUUGUUCCCUUCGGCAACACCAAGAAACCUAAUGGUCACAAUUUGCGUUUGUCGCCUUUUCUGUACUUAUUUUCACUUAAAUUUACUGGUCUAGUUGCACUGAUUCGAACAGACGUUGCAUAGCCUCCAACAGAACCUAAGAAAAGCCUAGUACUAUUCUUCGGAAAGGCUCUCUGUUUUCGUUGUUAUUCAAUCUUGUUUAUAUCUUAGCUCUACCUCUCGAAUGGAAUGUCGCCGUUGGCAACACCUCGAGAACUUCGAUGACAGUUCACUGGGAGAAUUUAGCCUCACUUAUCGAUAAUACCGUACUCUAUUAUAUCGCAACCGCCCACCAUGGUAACCUAUCAAGAGCUGCAGUCGUUUCAGGAGAUUUAUACAGUGCAAAUGUUCUGGGGUUGUUAACUUACACUGAAUAUCAAGUAAACGUCUUUGGAAUAGACAGCCAUGGUCAACCCCACAGCAGCUCGAACGUCACAGCCCUGACAGAGGAAGGAGGCAAGUUUUUUUUUUCUUUUUGAUGGAAUACGAAUCGGCAUGCUGGAGUAUAUGUCAAAUAUAGGAAAAAAAAAUGACUAAAAGAAAACAAACAUUCAAGCAAAAGUAAAUUCAUUCCUAAGGUACCAAAACCACCAAAAGUCGCCACGGAAUAAUUACACUAUGCAAAUAUCAUCGAAUAAAUACGAAAGUUAAUAAAGUGUCCAUUCAUUAAUCAGUUAUUACGGUAAUAUAUAAUUAUCGUCACUAAAUCAGUUUGGGCAUCGCCGAAAGAGUUCACCUAUUUUUACUAUAAUCAAUCGCCUUUUUUUGUUUUUAGUUCCCAGCAGGGUACCGUCUAAUGUAAGAGUGUCUAAUGCACGGUAUGAUCAAAUUAAAGUGCAGUGGGAUCCUCUCCCUCAUCAAUUUGCUAAUGGACGUCUUCGUGGAUACGCUAUCUACUACCAGGAGUAUUAUUACUGGUACUUGAGAAAAUCUGUGGUUCGCACCAGUAAUCCGUAUGCUAACAUGGUGAUAUUGAGACGUCUCAAGGCAGCAACUCAAUAUCAAAUAGCCGUAGCAGCCUUUACGUCUAAAUGCGCUGGAACCCAGUCCAAUUGGCAGUACAUAACAACAGGUAUUUUUUCUUCCCAUAAAUUAUAUGCUAGCAAAUUUUUGGUCAUUUAUAAAAUUUUGACUAGCGUUUUUGCCCCCUUCACAAAGGAGUCUUCCUCAUUCUUCAUUCUCAACCUCAUCAAUUAAUUGUGAAAUUGUUUAAUUGUCAUUUCUUUUUAUCGUAACAACUGAAGAACAAAAACGCGUACACAUUACUGCACUAUUUUCAAGUGUCUCAGUUUUCAUCGGUUUAUUUGUAAUUGUAGGAACAGAGGAACACAUGAAUUAUAUGUGUUUCUUAAACUAACUUUCGUCGCCAAUGAUAAAGCAGCAUUAUGUAUCCACAUUAUGUAAUAACAGGAGACAUUGCUCGUUUGAUUUGCAGGUUGUGAAGGAAGCUUGAGUGAAUUGUUUGGAAACUUGCAAGUCGGCCGAAGAUCGUCCUAUUCUUCUAAGCAGCAAUGCAAUUGGACAAUUGGAAAUGCAGGGAUUAGCCAAGCUGUUGCACUUAUAUCAUUACCGGAGCUGUCUCUGUCUUCUUACAAGUUAGUGCGAUAUUUUUAAAGAUUGUCACUUGAAAGUUAAAGCAAAACAAAGUCACCUGUGCGAAUUUGUCAAGAAAAUCCUGGGAUUUCCCGAGCAUUUGCGAGAAUCAUAUUCCCGGAAAAUUCUUUCGCGUUAAUUUGCACCAAAAUCCUGAGAAUUCUCGCGAUUAUAUUGGACGAGAAACAGGCUAAAAAUUCUUGGGGAUUCCUGACAAUAAAAUGGUUUCCUUUUUGAUCCUGGAAAUUCUCGACAAUUCCUGGGAACAGGAACAUUGACAAGUUCCCGAGAAUUCUCAGGAAUGUCAGAGAUUAAUUUAACCGUGCAUCUACAUAACUUUUCAAAGAACUAACACAGUUUAAUUCCAGCAAUAAAGCUGUGAAGGGUGCAAGGUUUGAAUUAAACUUUUGCUAUUUGUAAACGUGAAUUUAAAUUCGAUAUAGGGUAAAAUGAAAUAAGACGCGAAUGACGCGCAACGUGACAACACCAACUCAGUUGUCUGUCUUUGAAAUACAAUGUAUUAACCCAAAUUUCAAGCGAAUGCUUUAAGCAUUUCAGCAGUUACAAAUUAAAUAUACUAAAAGAAGGGAUGUUUAGUGCCCUACUUACAAUUUAUUGGACACAAAUUAAACCUCACAGCUGACGCUAUAAGGUCAUGUAUCCUGUAACUACUUGCCCUUCGAUUUUCAGAUCCCUUUUGCUUAACGCUGUUUGAAGUUAUCCCACUCAAUAACGAUCCAAGUCAUUUUGUUUCGGGUUAAAAACAUAAUCUACUUGUCCAGACAGUCCGCAGAGGUGAUACAUAUACUUUUUUUUUUUUUUUUUUUUUUUUUUUGCCCUCGCAGGGAUUUGGCCCAGAAGGCAAAAUCCCGAGGAGGCACUCUAGUAACUCGCGCGUAUAAGUGCUUACAGUUGAUACAGUCAGGUUUGCUGGAAAAAAAAAAUCUAUUUGCUUGAACAGGGUCACGAAGAAUCGGUAGGUAAUGAUGACGUCUAUUGUUUGCGAUCGCAAGUACGGGGUGGUUAGGAUGACGUAAAACAGAAAUUUCCGAAGGGACUGCUAAGGUAGAUUUUGUUGUACAGUCAUACUUGGUUACUCUUUACAUGUAGCGUUAUUUUUUAUCAGUGAUCGACACUCGGUGGAGCAGGCUCACGUUUUUUAAAUUUAUGGACCAAAAAACACUCGUUAAGCGCAGAUGAAGUUAUAAGGCGCGUAAAAAUGUGUAUACAUAAACACUUCGAGAGCUUUCCAGACACGAGUUCACAGAUCCUCGAUUGGAAAAAAUUUGCCAGACACUCUUUCUCUCUCUUCGGAUGAAUGAGACUCGGUCCCAAAUAAGAAAGAUGAGUGAAUGAACGGCUAGCUUAUCACUAGCAAAACGAUGGACGAUUACAGAAAUGUGCCGACCAUCAAAUUCUGUGCUGACUUAUUCCCUGCUCACAAAUGUCCUUCUACAUUUUUUAGAAAAGGACUAACGCGCGAGCGUGAAUUGAUCAAACCUUUUAACUUUUUUACUUUCCGGCAAAUAAAAUGAACUGUGUGUAAAAAGUGAAAGAGAAAUAGUGAAAAAUUCCAACUUCUAAUUAAAUCUCUUCUUAUGGUUGAGAAUAAAAUAUUUUCGAAACGGAGAAGGUUUCAGAUCAAACCUUGCGUUUCCUGUUUUUACUCUCACCUAUUGCAUGGAAUUCCUCGUCCCCAGGUCUUCUCGGUUAAAGGUGCCUUAACCUGCAACUUUACUGCACUUUUGACGACAUCAGUUGAUUUAAUCGUAAAGUUCUUCCAAAGUUGGUCAACAGUAGCUGGUUAUGGCGAGUUAUGCGUGUGCUUUUAGCCAUUCAGAAACGGAGAAAUAUUUUGAAUGAAUAAUAAUGACAGAUAAAUAACUAAAUUUCUUGAAUUUGUGUAUAUGUCUGUUUGUUUUUUUUUUUUUUUGAAAAGCCCAUAAGUUAAUCCUUAAAAGCAAUUCGCAUAACACCAAAUGGAUCGUGGAUCCGUUCACGCAAAUUAAAUCGACUGAGCACAUCAUUGGCAAAAUACCACACAAAAUCAAUUUCAAAUCGGGGCACAUCUUGUGGUUUUUCUUUCACGCCGAUGUCAAAAUGUAGAAAACGUCAAUGAAACCUUUAUAAAUACAAAAAUUCGCUUUUGAAAACAUACUUUCCUAGAGUUCAGAAUGUACCUGAAGUUUCUUCAUAAACCUCGCUGCCUUGGUUGGUUCAAAACAAGCCAAGCGCUCCGCCAUGAAGAAAACAAUGUUGACUUCCUCGAAAGACAAUUUAAUUACGAAAAGUUUCCCACAAAAAAGACACUGAGCAUUCUUUUCAGCUUUCUCUUUCCAUUGGUCUUAAAAAUUACCGCAGGAUGAACACGAACCAGCCAUUUUUUUAAUGGUGUUAAUUUUGUUUUCUAAGUUGUCAAAUCCGUUUCUUCCCCUACCCCUUAAGGGUUGAUUUCUACUGUCGCGUAAUUUUGACGAGCGUACGUGCGUAAAAUUUGCGUUCGCAAAUAAAAUAGAGGCAAUGUAUGAAAGAUCGCACGUAAGCGUAAAAGUACAACCUAGCUCAACUCCACAUUUAAUCUCAACAUUUUAUAUCUUGCCUCUAUUUCAUUUACGCGAUUAAAAUUUAAAAUUUAACAGUAUCAAAGUAUCAAAAUAAAUAAUGGCAAGUGUCACAUGAAACAACACCACUGCAACUUUUUGUCUCAAGCAUUGAGACGAUUAAACCAAAGUUCCAGGGCAGAAUAUAAUGUUUAAAGAGAUCGCCCGGGCUCCAACGUUGCAAGUUUAGGAAAUCGAGCUCUUCGCCAGACUUCAAAACUCACAGCCGCCCUUUUGUUUUUAUAUCGGGUAGACUUUAUAGCGCUGGCCGCACAAAUUUCUUCUUCUUCACAAGUUUUAGGACUUUUAAAUCUGUACUCUGACAUCUGCAUUGCGAAGCAACGUGUUUGCUCCGAAGUCACAAACAGUUAAGUAACGACGUGGUAUUUAAUGCAAAUGAAAUAAUAUCACACACCAGCAAGCAAUAAGCAGGGGACAAGUUCCCGUUUCACGUCUCAAAUAAAUUGUGUUUCAAAGCAGAAAACUUAUUUAAAUGAUAAUUUCUAAUAAUUUUCUUUGUUAGAGAAGUACUCUCAUGCCAAGCUAACUUCUCAAUCAAUAAUUGUCCCCUCAGGGAUUUCGGAAAGAGACGAAAUCCCGAGGAGGCACCCUAGUAACUCGCGCGUAUAUUAAGGACAGUACUUAAGGACAGUACAGUUCAAAUAUACAGUCAGUAUACUAGACUCGAUUUGUUGGAACUGGGGCCGCGAGGAAUCGGUAGGUAAUGAUGACGUUUCUAUCGUUUGCGCCCGCAAGUACGAAAUGGUUAGGAUGACGUAAAGACAGAAAAUCCCGAAGGGACCGCUCAGGUAGAUUUUGUGACAUUUAUUGUGCAGUCAUACUUCGAUACUAUUUUGCGUUACGCGGGGACAUUCUGUGGAGCAGUUGUUUUGAAAGUGAUGGACCAAAAGACAAUCGUUAAGCGCAGGGGAGGUUAUAAGGUGCGUUUAACUCUGUAGAUAUAUAAACACUUGGAGAGUUUGCCAGACUCGAGUUCACAAAUAUUUGAUGUAUAUUGGAAACCUUGCCAGACACCCUCUCUCUCUCUUUGACCGGAAUAAGACUCAGCCCCAAACAAGCAAGACGAGUGAACAACGGCUAGCUUAUCACUGCUGACUUAUUCCCUGCUUACAGAUGUCCUUCCGUUAUUAAGUUUCAAAUAAGACUAGAAUGCGCUAGCGUGAAUAGAUCAAACGUCCUUUUAAUUUCUAAGGCUUACUUUCCGGCAAAUAAAAUGAACUGAAUGUAAAAAGGGAAAGAGAAAUAGCGAAAAGUUCAACUUCUAAUUAAAUCUUUUCUUAUGGUAUAGAAUAAACUAUUCUCGCAACUGAGAAUGUUUUGAUCAAAGCUGUGUAAAUCGAGCUGAAACUGUGUAUGGAACCUUGCGUUUCCUGUAUUUAUCUCACCUAUUGUAUGGAAUAUGUGUGAACAAACAUUAUGAAUCAGUAUAUUUCAAAGAGCUACACAACCUGCAAGAAUACUAUUGACCGACAAUAUACAGAGCGGGUCAGCUGUAGUGUCAACUAUUACUAGUAAAGAAAAUGGCAGCAAUCAAAUAGAGGGUUCAUACAAAAAAUGCAACCAUUUUUAAAGUACUAUUUCAGAAACGAGUGCUUUUUUGAUCAGAUUUCCAAUUGCUCAAAAACAAUAAUGGUUUCAAAUGUUUUCUCGCGAGUGGAAACCUGGUGAAACCCUCGCACCCGUUUAGAAAUAAUUCUUGAAAAAUGGUGGCAGUGUUUUUGUAUGAAGCCUAUUUUUGAUUACUGCUAUUUCCUUUUUUAUUGACUGGUAAAUUGACUUUGCUGAUAGCCUAGCAUUAUAGCCAUGUUUAGAAGAUAUGCGUGUAAAAAAAACAACAAAAACAAACAAAAUGAAGUAAAGGCUACUUCCAAUUUCCGAAAACUGUCGCUUUCAAAACGAAGCUAAGUGCAGAUUCUUUCUUGUGAAAAUGCGGUCUGUUUGCAUAAGAUUAAAUUAAAAUCAUUUCGUUUCAAUAGCGUCGCACUUUGCCUCGCUUUGAAGCAGAGGCUUGGGGCAAUUCGGAAAUGACCUAUUGGGAUAACAUCGAGUGAAGUCAGAUUGUUUCUUUCAGUAAAAUUACAUGAAGAACAACUUAAGUCCAACUUUGCUGUGUAAUAUAAAAGUGAAAUAGAAAAACUCCAGUGUGAUACUUUGAGCCCGGGUCACUUGCUUUACAGCUUACAUCCAUAUCCAUUACACCAUUUUUAAAAUAUACAUGUUCUUAUAUAUGCCGUACCCCAUUACAAUAUUUGAAAGCUAACCGUUUUCACUUCAGUGCUUAACCGUAAUCACUGUCAGUAGAUCAGUGCUUAACUCUCUACUGUGUUCUCUCCAUAACUGGCGCUCUGUAGUUUUGGUGUUUUCAGCUAUUAUAGCCUCAUUCUACAUUCAAGUCUCGUUCCAUUAUUAAAAUAAUGCAUUGUGUAAACUUCAUAACGUGUCCAAUCUGGCUUCACUCGAUGUUAUCUAAUGCUAACCUUGUACAAAUGUCGCAUUGAACACCGCAGAAACGUGAUUGCAUAAUCCGUGUUAAUUACAUACGCAGUUCGACGAUUUAUAGCCUGCGAGCAGGCUGACUUGUGCUAGUUCGGAGCAAAAACGUCUCCCAAACUCGAGCAAGUGAGCCGGCUCGCAGGCUAGCCGAUUUACUAAUCCAAAUUGGACACAUAAGUUUAUUAAUUGGAAGUAUCAGUCUUGAUUUUGUUUAAUUUGUUUCGUUUCUUUUUCACAGCGACUACAUCAAGGUAAUUGAUGGUAACGGUGUCACGGUUCUAAGUCGCUAUGGAUACUCGUCUGUCGCUCAAAAAACGUUCACGGAAGUUUCUUUUGGAAAUUUUGGUAACAUCACUGUCCAGAUCUACUUAAGAGACAGUUCUAGUACCUUCAAGUUACAAUUUGGAAUUUUAAAACAAGGGCCAGGUUAGCCUUUUUAUCUAUUAAAUUCAUUUAAUGUUGCCUCAAACCCUGCUACGCUAACAUUUCUGAUUGGUUGAAAAUUUCUCUCAAACAAUCAGGAAUACUGCCCAGUUCUCGGUAGUGGCAAGUCAUCAGUGCGUAAUUUCUGCGUACGAUGCUCAGACGGCAUUUUGCGGGAAAACUUCGAACCCCAUUUCUUUUUCCUUCCCCACUCCACAUGAAUAACAGCGUGUUGUUUUUUUCAAGUUCGGUGUUACAAAACUGCCAUGCCCAACUGCUAUAUAAGUCACAGGUUUAGCGCGGAAAUCACCGGGGAAACUUUGCUCCCCAUCGCUUUUUCAGUGCCCGUUCCCCAUAAAUAACAGCUAGUCUUUUUAAAGUUCGGUUUUACAAAACCGUCAUAUAAGCCACUGUUUUUUUUGUAAUUUGCCCUUUCCUGUUUGUUUUUAGCACCUUCACCUGCUAACUGGAGUGUUUCCAUUGACAACACUACUCUAAGAAGCAUCCGAUUCUCCUGGCAAAACCUGCAAACAGUUGUUGAUAAACAAAUUAGUCAUUACUUUAUUGUGCUCAAAGACUCAUCUGGUAGUAGUGUAAACGAUUACAUCGUCCUAGGAAAUACUACCUCCCAUUUGUUCUCUGGACUGAUGGUGUAUAGGAAGUAUUGGUUAUCUGCUGUCGGUGUAAAUUACAGUGGGAAUGCUUACAACAGCACAGAAAUCUCAGCAUGGACAGACGAAUGGGGUACGUGCAUACAAAUGUUCUUUUAUUCAUUUAUUUUAUUCCCAGUACUAACGAAUGCUUAGCACUGUAAACUCCGUACUAGCUAUUAUAUUUUUAUACUGCGGUCGUCUUUAAGGUAAUUCCCUUCUUUUGCACUGCGCACCCUCUACCGCGCAUAACAUUGCGACAUCCAAGAUGGCGGUGGUUCUUCCCGCUAGGACGAAGAGAACGAAUAAGGGUCGCUUUUGCAAAGCUAAAGCUUUUAUUCGCAAUAAUAAUGCCGAAAUAAUAUUCGCAAUAAUAAUACGGCUCUCCAACUGCAUUAACGAGACAGUGACUGGCCUUGAUUGCUACUUUACAUAUGUUGUUCAAACUCCGAGUGUGGAGAGACGAAUAUUUGUCGAACAAAUAUUAAGACCCACCGUAGCACCGGAACCACGCGAGGGAGAACAAUCUUUGAUGUCAACACGACGUUUGCUGCUGAAUUCACAUCUUGCUGUGUAUAGAAACCAAACAAGAGAACGUAUUAAGAAUAGGAACCAAUAG